CACUGAAGGACCUUUUCUCUUGCCUCUCACCUGAGCAGAGGGGUGACAGAGCGGCUCACACACAGACACCGACAUGAGGAUCCACAGGUUCGUUUUGUCCAUAAGCCUGCUGGGCCUGCUGCUGUGGGCCUCCUGCGUCCAGGCAGAGGGGUCCGAGGACAGCCCAGAGACACAAGAGGACGCGUCACAGGAGACAACAGAGAGGGAGGCAGAUGAAGCCAAAGAGGAGCCAAAGAAGGAGAAAACAACAGAGAUAGAGGAAGAAGGAGACGUCAUGAUUCUCCACAUAAACAACUUUGACAGAGCUCUGAGCGAGAACAAGUUUCUGCUGGUUGAAUUCUAUGCUCCCUGGUGUGGCCACUGCAAACAACUGGAGCCCAUUUAYGCCGAGGCGGCGGGGAAGCUGAAGGAAGACGAGCAGGACAUGCGUUURGCCAAGGUGGACGCCAUUGAGGAGCAGAAGCUGUCUGAAGAGUUCGAGGUUGCCGGCUUUCCCACUCUCAAACUGUUCAUCCAUGGAGACCGUGAAAAGCCCGUCGACUACUCGGGGACGAGAUCAGUAGAGGGAAUAAUCCAGUGGUUGAAACGCCGCAGUGGCCCCGGAGCUGCACAUCUGGAUUCUGUAGACUCUGCAGAGCAGUUCAUCAGCUCUCAUAACAUCUCUGUUGUUGGGUUUUUCGACAGUUUGGAAAGCGAGGAAGCCGAGCUGCUGAAAGAAGUCUCUUUUGAGUUGACUAACAUUGAGUUUGCAAUGACAGCAGCCCAGGAGGUUUUCCAGAAGUAUGAGGUGAAAACCAGCUCCGUGGUGCUUUUCAAAAAGUUUGACGACGGCAGAGCAGACUUCGUGUGGUCAGAGGAAGAGAAGCUUGACAAGAACAAGCUGACUGCCUUCAUCAACGAUAACAGCCUGGAGCUCGUCAUCUCAUUCAGCCAGGAGACAGCCGACAAGAUCUUCUCCUCUCGGAUUCGCCUGCACAGCCUGCUGUUCAUCAACUCUACGGUGAAAAGUCACAUGGACAUGGUGGAAGAAUACAGGACACUUGCCAAAGAGUUCAGAGGAAAGAUGAUGUUCAUCACUAUUGAUGUGACAGGAGCCUUGUCUCAUGUGCUGAAAUAUUUUGGUGUGUCAGAAAGUGACAGCCCCACUGUUCGUAUCAUCAGUAUGGAGACACAGAAGAAGUUCAGUAUUCCCUCUGGGGAUYUGACUGAGGAUUCAAUUCGGCAGCUGUGCCAAGGCGUUUUAGAUGACACCGCCAAGCCUUACUAUCUGUCUGAAGAGAUCCCAGAGGACUGGGACAAAGGACCAGUAAAAGUCCUGGUGGGCAAGAAUUUUGAGUCUGUCGCUCUGGACCCGACCAAAAACGUCUUUGUUGAGUUUUAUUCUCCGUGGUGUGGAUACUGCAAGGAACUGGCUCCAAUCUGGGAUCAGCUGGGAGAGAAGUAUGCCGAGCAUGAAAACAUCAUCAUAGCCAAGAUGGACGCCACAGCCAACGAAGUGGAGUCUGUUUCACUUAGCGGCUUUCCAACAAUUCAGUACUUCCCAGCUGGUGACAAAGAGGUGAUCAACUACUCAGGAAAAAGAGAUCUGGAGACGUUUUCUAAGUUCCUGGAUAACGGAGGAGUUCUGCCACAGGAGGAGAGUGAUAAAGAUGAAGACGAUCACGAUGAUGAGGAGGAAGUUCCUGAUGCUGAAGAAGGAGACAAAACUGAUCAGGAGGCAGAUGAGUCUUCAGAAGCAUCUUCUAACAAAACAUCCAAAGAUGAGCUGUAACAACAUGGUUCAGCCAGUUAAGAUCAAGCUAACAUCCUCCAGUUUUCUUAAUAAAAGGUCACACAGGUUUAAAGUG